CAGCCUUCAGCAAUUCCGAGUCUCAUCCCAUACCGCCAAAGACCAAAGACUAAGAAGCGCCAUCGCCCGUCAACAUGCAGUACAGCACUCUUCUUAUCGGCCUUCUUGCCGCCGCAAGCAGCGCCUUCGCUGCCCCGGCUCCCAACACCCGAUCUGAAGCGGUCUCUGCCAUGGCCGACGUUCCCCAGUGGAUCAUCAGGUCGUUCACCCGUACUUGCAACGACGAUGACACCUCGUGCGAGAUUUCAUUUGGUGUCGACACGCAAAUCGCACCCGUCACCGAAUGCUCCUACAAUGUGACCGGCAACCCGGCCAGCCAGACGUCGACGAACGGCAUUACAUGCGGCCCUUACACUAUCAGCUCCGGCUGGGACCCGCUGGGCUUCACGACGUGGUCUGUGGUGGACUGGAGCAAGCAUCUCAUUGUUUGGCCCGCUUACAGUGACGCCGAGCUCGUCAAUGGCCAGCCGGUCACCCCCGACAAGAGCUUUGCUCCUCAGGCACUCCCUUGAACCAUUCCUUAUCCGGAAAGGCGGGAAAACGAGGAAAACAGGAAGAUGGCAUUAGUCAGGGGGUCGAAAUAAUGCGAAACUUGGUGCAGGUGUUAGUUUGGGGCGUAGUGUAAUUAUGUACUGUAUGUAUGUACAUACAUGCUAGCCUUACUAGU